AUGCCCAAAGUAAAGAGUAGAUUAACAUCUAAAGAACAAAAAUGUUUGAUAGAUUUCGAUGAAAUUUCACCUGAACGACACGAUUUUGCUUUAAUGUUACUUUGUUCAAGAUCACUUUAUCGAAUUCAAUUAAGAUGUUUUGAACAUAAUAUUCUUGCCAUUCAAGAUAUUUGUGAUAUUGUUAAACGGGAAGUUGAUAGGUUACCACAAUUAUUAUCAGUAAUUGGUGCAUCAUUGGAAGCUAAUGGUUCUUAUAAUGUUAAUCAUCAUGAAAAUUUAAUGAUGUUAGAUUUCUGUAAAAAGAUUACAAAUUCAAAUGAUCCUUUAGAUAUAAUUAGAGGUCUUUUAACAGCUGAACAAAAUUCUAGAUCUUUAAAAAGUUCUAGUGAUAAAAAAGUUAAAAAGAUGUACAGAAAUUUAAUUAAUUUAAUUGAUGAUUUAAAGAAAUUUAUGCAAAAUCAAGGUGUCCCUGGAAGUGGUGAAGAAACUUUUAUUCAUCCACCAACAGCUCUUCUUUGGCUUCCCGUUCUAACUAAUAAAGAACGUAUCACCCAACAUACUACUUCAGCUUUUUCCUUAAGAAAGAAAACAGAAUUCGCUAAAAAUAAUGGUCCUUCAUUUAGACCUCAAUUACUUAGAAUGAAUUUUGUUCAAACUUUUGGUCGUAGACAAUCACAACAAUCUACAACAAAAUCUUUAUCAGGAGAGAAAUCACUUGCUACUACAACUUCAUAUAUGACACCAGCACAAUCACCAAUUACUUCUAGUUGUAAUUGUAAUUGUAGUCCAUUAAGUGCAACAUAUGAUUUCAGAAAAUUAUGUCCUUGCAUAGUCAAUAUGUCAGCUAAAUCAGCUUCGUCUUCUCAAGGAUUUAGCAGCAAUAAUCAAUUUACUAGUAGUAGCAGCAACAAUCAAUUCAGUAGUAACAACAAUCCUUUAUUAUCACCUCCGUUAUUUACUGUCGAUUUUCCUUCGAGCAACUCACGUUAUACAUCCACGCGAAGUUACAGUUAUGGGUAUAAUUCGGGAGUAUCCACAAAUUAUGAUGGGUUAUCUUCUUUAUCGC